GAGAGCGGAGAGGAGGAGAAAGAAGAGAGAAAGAGAGAGAGAGAGAACACAGAGCAAGAUAUUGUAGUUUAAGAGAGGGGGACAGAGAGCAGACAGUUUAAAGAAAAGGACAGACUUCCAGCGCAGCAGCCAGCAGCAGCAGAGGCAGCAUACUGAUCCUCCACACAGUAACCUAGCUGUCCAGCCUGCCCCCCAGCCUGACCUCUCGCCACCCCAGCAAACAGCUGUCCAGCGACAGGAGAAAGAGAGGGGAGGGGGGCUCGACACACCAGGGAGCAGAAGGAGAGGAUCCCACUCGUCCCAUCCCACUGCAGCCUGCACUAAAAACGUCUCGAGCUGUGGCUUGGAAAACAGACAGACAGAUAGACAGACAGGCACAGGUGCUGCAGACGGCAGUCAUAGGGUAGGAGGAGACUACAGUUCCAGAGAGGAAUAGCUAGCUCGAGCUUCAACCAGCACCAGUGAGUCCGGGAACCACACGCUACACACACCUCUUCGGCAGUCAGCACUAGGACUGAAGACCUUCAGGAGGACAGUGGACACCUCCUUCUGACACGAACCAGGAGCUCAUCACAGGGAUUACAAAAGGCCCUGCCAAGUACAACUGAGCAGAGAGCAGAACCCAUGCUAGCGGGUGGCACGGGGUAAUCGCUGAGGGCUGGUGUGGAGAGGCACAGAGGAGGGGAGAAUCAGACAGAACCAACACUAUUCUGCAUUCUACUACCCUCCCACCACAGCCACACCAGGCUCGAAGAGGAACAACUGCCUAUAAUUGAGGAAAGUGGCCUGUUGACCACUCUGCGACGUCAUAAGACAACACUGGUGAGAACUUGGACUCCUGCUCAACUUGGAUUUCCUGAUUAAUGACACAAAGAUCGAACCUAUCUUCGGAGCAGGCAAAGACAACACAGCCGUUUCAUUGAGAAUGUAAUUCCACCAUCUCCGCAGGGAGACCUUGUGUUCAGUGUGAAGUUCUUCACCAAUCCUAACGUUCUAGGAGUGUUCUCCUCCGUUUGUCCUUUAUCUCUGAGCUCUAUUCAACAGUGACCACCAUGCCUGCCAAAGCACCCAUCUACCUGAAGUCCACCAACAGCAAGAAAGGCAAGAAGUGUCGUCUGAGGGACAUCCUGUCCCCAGACAUGAUCAGUCCACCGCUGGGGGACUUUCGCCACACCAUUCACAUCGGAAAAGGCGGCGAGAGGGACGCCUUCGGGGACAUGUCCUUCCUCCAGGGGAAGUUUGAGCUCCUGCCUGGGAAAGGUGAGGUGUUCCGUCCGCAAUACGGCGUCCACAAUGAGUUCCUGCGGGCCAACAGUGCAUCUGAUGCCCAGUUCACCGAGACGCCCUCUCCGGUUCUGAAGAACGCCAUCUCGCUUCCUUCUAUCGGGGGGUGCCAGGCCCUCACCUUGCCCCUCCUCUCCACCAAUAUGUUCUCUAUGCCCGUUAAGGAACCACUGGAUAGCAUGGUAGGGCGGAUUCCUACCCCUCCCCUAGGGGGCUCAGAUGGGACUGAUAAACUGGGGAUCCUGGAGAUGGAAACCCUGUUGUGUUCCAUUGAGGUCUUAAGCAGCAACCACACCAAACCUCCUACAGAGGUCACAACCAAGCCAGACGUCCUGCUGGAUCUGAUAGAGAAACCAGAGAAGCCAAAGACAAAGAAAGUCUUCAAAAGCAAUUAUGAAAAUUAUAAUAUUGAAAGAGGUUAUGAAAAGCCGACACCAACCUACUACAUUAACGGCAACAUCAGUGGCACCUGCAAUGGUAACGAAGGCAUCAACGGCAACGGCAACUGCAAUGGCUUGGGAAGCUUUAACAAUGACAUUACCCUCUGCUAUGAGAAAGCGCUCUCUGACUGCAAUGGAGACUGGGUGGACAGGGACAGCGGGGUGGACGAGGGGCGCAUUUGCGACAUUGACUUUGAAUUCUGCAAUGACAAGAGGGUGUCACAGGACUCCAUCUCCUACAUCACUGGUUCCCUUUUGUCACUUGAACUCGAUUUGGGCCCAUCCAUUCUUGAUGAUGUACUCAACAUUAUGGGUGACCCCAAGGUAAAGACAAGACCUUGAACAAUGCUAAGGCUAGUGAGUUGAAAGGGAAAUAUAGAACUUAAGAGAGAACUAUGAGAAAAGACUCACAAACCCGUCAAAGUAUUGUCCAUGGCAUGUGGAUAUUAUUGUGAUGGAAAUUAACUUCGGUAUGCAGCGCUGCUUGUGUCGUUAUUUUCUGAGAUACGUUUCUGUCUUCGCUUCCUGAGGGUUUCAAUGCUUUUUAUGCUUGUGCUUUGUGCUACAGGCAUGAGAGAUGCAUGCGCUGUUGAAUUACAACUAAACCCCAGCCUAUUUUUGCAAUCUAUUUUAGUGGGUUUUGGAGUGUUCUUAUCCCGGCUUUAGCUGUAGAUAAAAAAAAGAUACGUGUUCUGAAGUAGUCAUUGCUUUGAUACACAAUCUAAAGCUCUGUUUCUCAAAAUCUAAAUAUAAUGCAUCUUGGUGACUUUUAAUGUGUUUAUCAAAGCACUAUUUUGUUUGUCACAUGACCAUUUUAUUAACAAAACUACAAAGAUCCUAUGCAUACUAUACAGUACUUGUGUUUUUGUUAUAUAGCGUUAAUAAAUAAAAUGUGUCCUUUUCCCCCCUA